GUCGUGAGGAGCGCUGAGACGGUGCCGUUACACUGAUGUUAGCGACAGAAAGAAGCAGGGCCUCCGUCUGGAAGUAGCCGGUGAUGAUCGAUUAUUUCCAGAGAUGUAGCCGAGGCUGCACACCUCCGUUACUCGGAAACCCACAGAAAAAUAUCUGCGGAAAGUUUUUCUCUUCGGAUGGAAGACGUUUUGAGACAAAGCGGUUGCCACGGGGCUGUUUUCUCCCCCGUUUUGUGAUAAUGGAGAAAGCCAGGCUCUGAGUGACGCAAUGUCUUGGGGGGAGUUCAUCGAGCUCCGUGACCUGAGGUCGGACAGAGAGCAGAUAGGGCUAGCCGGAACACGUUCCCCCUGCUCGCCUCCACGCCUGGAGAGAACCAAUGCUCUGAGGAUCAGCCCAGGGAAGGUCCCAGACCUGCUGAGCCGGGUGGGCAUCAUCAGAGUCCUGAGCAGCACCCAGGAUCCCCAGCUCCCAGAGGAGAAGGGAGAGGGACACAACUUCCAGCCAUGCAGCCACGCUCAGCCUACGUGGUGUGACCUGUGUGGAGACUUCAUCUGGGGCCUGUACAAGCAGAGCCUGCGGUGUGUCAAUUGUAGAUUCACAUGCCACUACCGCUGUCGUGCCCUGAUCCGGCUGGACUGCAGCUGGGAACGAGGCUCUGCGGCUGAAAACACAUGUGUUGUGGAGCACGCCAUAGAAACAGACACAAAUGUGGAUGAACAAAUUGAACUGGGAAAGCAGGAGUUGACAACAGCAGAUGUUCAGCAGAAGGUGAAAGAAUACAAUGCUCAAAUCAACAGCAAUCUGUUCAUGAACAUGAACAAGGAUAGUUCCUACACCGGCUUCGUAAAGGUGCAGUUUAAGUUGGCGCGACCCGUGUCAGUUACACCUUCAAAGAAAGGAAGUCACGAUGCUGGAGGGAGGAGGGCCAGCGGAGUGAAGCGCCGCACCUCUUUCUACCUGCCAAAGGAUGCAUCCAAGCACCUGCACAUUAGCUCCCGCACUUCUGCUCGCGAGGUCAUCGAGGCUCUGUUGAAAAAGUUUACUGUUGUGGACAAUCCUGGCAAGUUUGCUCUGUUUGAGCGCAGCGAGCGUCAUGACCAAGUUUACGUUCGUAAACUGUCUGAUGAUGAGCGUCCCCUCCGUCUGCGUCUGUGUGCUGGGCCCAAUGAGAAAGUCCUCAGUUUUGUUCUGAAGGAGAAUGAAACUGGAGAAGUUAAUUGGCAUGCCUUCUCCAUGCCCGAGUUAAAGAACUUCUUGCGCAUUCUGCAGCGUGAAGAGGAGGAACACGUCAAGCAGAUAGUGCAGCGGUACGCUCUGGCCCGCACUAAGAUGCAGGAGGCUCUGGCCGGCUCGACCCCUGGCUGACAGGACUCUGCGCUGGGGGGGGUCAAAACGUGCACGUCUUGGCUGGACAAUCGCCUGAAGAUGACCAGUCAUCGCUGCAUCCAAAGAUCCCAGAGAACCUAACUCAAAAACGCCUCUUCGGUGAAUGAGUGUGAGACAGGGCGCAAGACAAUGAGAGAAAGAGAGAGCUAGCGCGAAUGUGCGUGUGAAAUGAUGCGAGAGAUGAGAAGUGCCUUACACCUGGAGAGUCUGAUGUGCCUGAGAGAAAGAGUUGAGAGAAGUGGAGACUGGCAGAUGAGGCAGCGGUUGUAUCCAGUAAUAUAUUUUGUUAUUGGAUACUAUUUGAUUAUCCUGUGUACCUCAGCUGUGUCACCCUUAACUUCUAAAAAAAAAUGUCAAUGAUGGUUCAGUAUUUUUAGGUAUAAAAAUUCCAUGUGCCCAUUAUACAUUUGUAGAUGCAGAGCUGAGGUCAGGCUCUGUGUUGUAACUGAGCACAUAAUCACAUCUGGAUGUUAAAGUCCUUUUAUUUUACCAGAAUACAAAAAUUUGUAACGUGUCCAAUCAUGAUAGUAGUGCCACGUUCGGAUAAAGUCUGGUCUUUGAACAGCCUUUCCAUGAAAACUGCUUCUUAGCCUAAAUUUGUCCUGUUAGAAAGUUAAAUACACGUUUAUUGCUGAAAGGUAUUUGGAUUUUCAUUUGACCCUGGCUCAAAAGUCUGCCACGUCCUCUCGACACCCCUGAUGGGUGCAACUCAGUUUUGUUUUUUACUGUCAAUUUGUGAGCUUGACUGAUGUAUGGACAUUUGUAUGCAGUUAUGAAUGUCAGAGAGCGCAGUGUCGAAGUCACUCUGGUUAACUGGAACCUUGAAUGAAUAUUGGUAUACAUGUUUGUCUUUCCUUACAUCUUUGUUCCUAUUUCUGUCUUUUAAAGAAAAUGUUUGUCUUCUGUUUCUCAAAUUCACUUUAAUUGUACCCUCUAUGCACAAAUGUAAAUGUUGUAGCAACCUUCAAAAUGUUGACAAAUGUGCGCUCCUUUCAGUAAAGAACUUUCCAGUUCUAACAA